CCCGGAAACGGCGCCUGCGUGCGGGCAGUAUACGUUCGUGUGUGUGACAGCCAGUUCAAAAGGCGGAUCAGUAUUAUGUGUAGUGUGUCGAGUUAGCAUGACAAAUUGCCCGCCACUGCAGCGAGAUUAAUUAUCCUUUCCCAGAUUGCCGAUAAAAGUGAGAGCGUGCGCGCAAUUUCUUCUAACACGUUAUAGCAUCGCGCGUUUGCCGGGCUGGCUACUUAUCGCUCGUAUUUACAUACAAUGCCGGUAUUAUCCAACAGCAACAUAAUACCCUUAUCGAUUGCCUGUAUUGUACGCUACGGCAAUCGAUGAUAAUUUCUCCAAUGUUGUGUGGACAUAAUCUUUCACUGCGUUUUCGUCCGCUCGCGAUCUGUUGAUUUAUGUAGUAUUUUUUUUCCUGGACGGGAAAAUGUUCAAUGUGUUGAUUGCGUUGUUGAGCGUUAGCGCGGCGUCAGGAUGGACCGCCCGGCGGCUAGCGCCGUUGCCGGCCCCGGCCGUCGUCCGUCCGCCGCAGACCUACUCCACCGCCACCCACAGGAUGAUGGAUGUGCGGACCACGCGCGAUGUGGAAUGGGCGGCCACGCUCAACGCCCACAAUGCGUCGCUGCUGCAGUAUAAUUAUGCCGUCUUCUUCGACGCCGGUUCCAGCGGGACGCGCAUGUAUAUUUACCACUGGAACGAGGUGAUGAACAAUACCGGCCUGGUCACCCCGCAGAACGAUGCGCGGAACUGCAGCACACGGCUAAGCGAUUUUCGUGACGAGCCGGAAAGGGUCGGACCCAGCCUGAAAGCCUGCUUCGAUUUUGCCGCGCAGAGCAUUCCAGCGGAUAAGCACACCGCGACACGGGUUCGGUUGGGAGCCACAGCCGGCAUGCGAAUCGUUGCCACGGAAAAUGCCACUGCCGCUAAUGGAGUAUUGACCGCCAUCUACCAGUAUCUGCGAGCCAAUUACAAUUUUUCCGUCACCGAGGGUGACAUUCACAUACUGCCGGCUGAAGACGAAACAGCCUACGUCUGGGCGGCUGUCAAUUACGCUGCCAAAGUGCUACAGGAUCCGCUGGAACGCAACAACACAUGGACUUCAUUGUACAUGGGCGGCGCCUCCACCGACGUCUCCAUGGAUGUCAGCAAGCGGGACAGUACAGCGACAGCCGGAUUGGCUGCCGAUUACUCCUUAACCCUCUUCGAUCAUACGUUUCCGUUAUUCAUUAAAAAUUUUAUCUGUUACGGGAAAGAUCAGGCCUUCCUGCGCUAUCAAGCGCUGCUGGUGAAGAGCAGCAAUUUCGUCAGUCCGGUGUAUAAUCCCUGCGGGGCCUGGAAUCACACGAUUAUCGUCCGCCAUAAGGAUCUCUUUAAUGCCGCCUGCAGUACGGUGCGUGUGCCCGAGGAGCUGACGAGCCAGGAGAGCUAUGAGAUUAUCGGGACGGCGGAUUUCCAGGGCUGCCGGAAUAUGACGCGGCGACUGUUUAUGCUGGAUUUUGCGCUGCAGCCGGCGCAGUGCCCGUUUAACGAUGCUGGGACGUGUCCGCUGGUGACUGGAGGCGGGCAUAUUUUUUACGGACGGUUAUUGGCUUCUGGUGGAUUUGCCUACGAUGCCAGCACACUGAGUCUGCUAUCCAACCGGACGUUUGUCGUCAGUGUGCCGUUUGACAUUGAUGGACAGCGGCGGGCGCUGCAUGAAUUAUGCUCCACACGCUACGUUGACGUCAUGGACAUGGCCUACUCCGCUAAUGUGAAAGCGGAGUUUGCCCUGCGCGCCUGCUUUGACGGGGUGUACAGUGGGACGAUGCUGAGUGAUGUGUACCGGCUGGAUGAUGAGACACUGAAGAAUUCCGUGUUCAGUCGAUCGGUGAAUGAUGAGGAUGUGAGCUGGACGUUGGGAUGGGCGCUAAUCACUUCCGUGACGAAGAAUACGACGGUUACGUCGCCAAACUCUGCCGGUGUAUUGCGAGCGGUUUCACUUUCGGCAGUAUCUUUUCUUGUAUUCGUUCCGUUUCUAUUUUCUUUUGUGAUACACUUGCAAUUUUAACUAAAUUUCAAACUGCAAUGCAAAAACCGAUCAAGCCCGGGUUGUAGAGUUUACGACGACUGCAUUGCAGAGUAGCCAUAUAGGGUAUUCUGAAUUCGAUAAAGCUGCAGGAGAUUCGAAGAAACACGAGCAAUUCAAAGGUCACUAUCGUUGGCACAUUGUUCUGCCGUCACUAUUUUGCUAUAAACUGCAUACGUCAACCGAUUUUUUAACGACAACGGUUGCGUUACGCCCCAUUCGCCCCGUGGCCAAGGUCACCAUGUU